AUGGAACAAAUGAAACGAAAAAAUAGUGUUGCUGAUGGUAAUAAGAAAAAGAAGGUAGUAGGUGAUGCUAAAAGUCUAUCAAGAAAUUCAACCGCACGUUUUGAAGAUCUUUCUAAUGAAAUUAUUUAUGAAAUUUUUGAAUUUCUCGAUUUUUUUCAUGUAUAUGAAAUUUUCUCUAAUCUCAAUAUUCGAUUUCAAAAUCUUCUUAUUUAUUCAAAUUUUCUACUAAAAAUUAAACAUUUAUCUACAUCAAAAUCAACUUUUCAACGUUAUCAUACACAAAUUAUCAUCCCUAAUCAACAUCGAAUUAAAUCACUUUAUCUAUCAAAUCCAUUUAUUAUUGAUGGUAUUUUUUCAUCUACUCGUAUUGAAUUAAAAUUAACAAGACUUGAAACACUUAUUCUUAAUAAGAUUUCAUCACUAUAUGUUGAAAAUCUUCUCAAAUAUUUACUUGUCUUGCCUUAUUUAUCUUCUUUAAUAAUUAAUUGUGAAGAUGAAGUUCAAAAUAAAAAUAAUCUUUAUAAACAAAUAUUUCGUUUACCUGCACUAAAAUAUUGCAAACUAUCAUUAGACGAAUCCAAUCAACCUGAACAAUUACCUAUUGCAACGAAAGGAUCUAGUCCUAUUGAACAUUUUAUUCUAAAUAGUACACAUGUUCUAAAUGAUCUCAAUAAUCUUUUAUCAUAUAUUCCUCAUCUUAAUCGUUUAUCGAUUCAUUCGUCAUAUGAUUCUCCUAUUACACAAAUACAAUUAUAUUCAGUGUCGUUAAUACAUUUGACACAUGUGUCUCUAAAUCGCUUAGAUAUUCCUUUUGAUCAAUUGGAAUUCAUGAUUCAAUCUCUUUUUAAUCAAGUUCAAGUAUUACAUAUUUCGAAUUAUUGUAGAUCAGUUUAUUUAGAUGCUAACCGAUGGCAAAGAUUGAUUUUAUCUUAUAUGCCACAUUUACGAAUUUUUGAUAUUUUUAUUUCUUAUACUUUAAAUUGGGCUGAAAAUAUUAUUGAUUUUAUUACUAUGAUUAAUAUGUUCAAUUCUUCAUUUUGGUUCAAACGACGAUGGUUUUUUGAAUAUCAAGUAGAUAAAAAACGAGAUCAAAAUUUUAGCUUCUAUUCAACGAAUCCAUACAGGAGAAAACAAUAUAUAUUAUAUGAAGAGAAAAAUAAAAAUAUUAACAGAAAUCGUCAAAAAAUGAUCAUGAAUUUUGUUCAACAAAUUGAAAUUCGAAAUGAAAAAGCGAUGAUUAAUUGUCAAAAUUAUUUUCCAAAUGUUACGGGACUCAUUAUUUUGUUUAAUUUUGGUGAGCAGAGUAAAAAUCUUCUUUCCAAUAGUCUUAAUAAUAUUAUACCUUUGAAUCAACUGACUAAAUUUAUUCUUCGUUCUUACCACAAUGAUUUUUACAAAAUAAUCGAACUCUUACAAUGCAUGCCUAAUAUUCAUACUUUUGAAAUUGGACAUACAUCACUUAAGGAUUCAAAUUUAGUGUCAAUUCAACAAAGUCAUACUUUUCGAUUAGUAUCUCAAACAAAUAAAAUUCAAAAUAUGAUAAUUGAAUGUCAAUGUACAUUAAAAGAAAUACAAUUUUUGAUUAAUCUUUGUCCUCAAUUACAACAACUGACAAUCGAUAAAUCUGACAAGGAUUUUGAAUCAUUUUUACGAUGUUUAUUAUCAAAUAUUAAUGAAAAACUUAAUUAUUUAUUUUUAUUAUGUAUUGCAUCUAUAAAUCAAAAGGAAACAAAUAUACUAGAAACUUUGAUCAAAUCAGAAAAACUUCUUCAUCCGCAUUCCCCACAAAUAAAAUAUCAUAGUUUUAAUAGAAAAAACCUAUUUAUGGUUUUAGAAUUGAUUGUUAAUAAAGUUUUUUUUUUAUUUUGA